CUACUGCGACUACUGCGACUACUGCGACUACUGCAAUUACUGCGACUACUGCGACUACUGCGACUACUGCGACUACUCUGCGACUACUGCGACUACACCUGUACUCUACUUCCUUCCUUCCGCUGUCGCUCUUCCCUGAAAUUUCCCUUCCCGCACGAGACUGCAUUGGAAAGACGUACUGUUGUAGAAGCUUGGCCAUCUCGAUCUCUCAGACAAUUUUGGCGCAGCAAGCCAGCAGUACCACCAAGCAGCAACCCAAAGCCCAUGCAAAACCAGUCUUCUGUCUCUUGCCCCACCAUUACUCGUCCUUGAAAGAAGCUCGUCCCGCCGCCGAUAAACUCCCCCCCCCCCCCACAGUCGAGAUACAUGAACAUCUAGCGAAGCAGCAUUGCAGAACAAGAACCCUCUACAAUAUGUCGGGAAAGAUGAUCCUGUACAAGCUGGUCGUCCUUGGAGAUGGUGGUGUUGGCAAGACCGCUUUAACGAUACAGCUAUGCCUCCAGCAUUUCGUCGAGACCUACGACCCGACAAUUGAGGACUCCUAUCGCAAACAAGUCGUCAUAGACGGGCAAUCCUGCAUGCUCGAGGUCCUCGACACAGCCGGCCAGGAGGAAUACACCGCCCUACGCGACCAGUGGAUCCGCGACGGCGAAGGCUUCGUCCUCGUCUACUCCAUCUCCUCUCGCUCCUCAUUCACCCGCAUCCAGCGCUUUCACCACCAGAUCCAGCGUGUCAAGGAAGCCUCUCCGCCCUCAUACCCCGGCUCGUUCUCCGCGCCCUCCGCCCCCCCCGGCGCCGUCCCCAUUAUGCUCGUAGGCAACAAGGCGGACCGCGUGACGGAGCGCGAAGUCUCGACGCAGGAGGGCCACGCGCUCGCCCGCGAGCUGGGCUGCGAGUUCGUCGAGGCCUCGGCGAAGAACUGCAUCAACGUCGAGAAGGCCUUCUACGACGUCGUGCGCCUGCUCCGCCGACAACGGCAGCAGCGCCUGCGCUCGACGCCGAGCGCGAGGGGCACGGCGUCCACGCUCGGCGAGACGUCGCGCGGCGAUAGGCCACCGAGGAACCACAGGGACGAUAAGCCAAAGGUCAAGAAGUGUGUUAUUUUAUGAGCGGCCCCUGCCCGUCUAGCGACAGGAAUGCCGAGGCCCCGCGCUGGGCUGUGCCAUGACCGUUAUGACUUCUAUCCUCUAUACUACAUCGAUUGUGCGAGAGCGACGCCGCUCCUCCGAAGCGGCAUGGUCCCCCGGAGUGCGUCGUUAUUAUCAUCAUCAUCUACAGAAACCCCAGCCUGAGCAGGUUUAACCCGAAUUCGUCUUUUCAUCAGACGUACGUUUGCGUAGACGUAUGUCACAUCACAUCACAUCUGCACGCACGUCAUGUCAUUCGCAUUGUUCUUGUUCAGCUCUUCUCCCAACGGCGAACGGAGUAUCAAAAGAGGGUUGGGUUGGGUGGGUGGUGGGAGGGGGUUCAAACG